AUGGAGGAAUAUACUAAUAAUAAUCACCUCAGCGAAAACACAGGUCCAAGUCCAAGUCCAAGGCCAAAUUUCUUGUACUCUAGUGUUGUUGGUGGUGGUGGUUCCGGCGUAGGAAACCAUCAUCAUAAUCAUCAUCACCAGCAUCAUCAUCAGGUUCCCAUCAACACCUUUCAUCUUCAAUCAAGUGGUUCAGAUCACUGCUUCCAAUCCGAUCAGGUUCCACACCCUGCUGUGAAAACCGAAGCCAGCACCUCGCAGCUUCACACUCCGAUUUUCCACUAUCCUUUAAUGAGAGGAAACCUUCACACCACGAUGCAUCAUCAGCAACAAGGAAGCCAAAGCUCUAGCGAAGUUGAAGCCAUAAAAGCUAAAAUCAUUGCUCAUCCUCAAUACUCCAAUCUCUUAGAAGCUUACAUGGAUUGCCAUAAGGUAGGAGCUCCGCCGGAAGUGGUGGCGCGUCUGGUUGCGGCGAAGCAAGAAUUUGAGGCACGGGGGCAGCGAUCUUCAGUUAGCUCCAGGGAAACUUCCAAAGACCCAGAACUUGACCAAUUCAUGGAAGCUUAUUAUGACAUGCUUGUGAAGUAUCGAGAGGAAUUAACAAGGCCUAUACAAGAGGCUAUGGAUUUCAUGCGGAGGAUAGAAACUCAACUAAACAUGCUUUGCAAUGGACCCGUUCGGGUUUUCUCAGAUGAUAAAUGUGAAGGCGUUGGUUCAUCGGAAGAGGAUCAAGACAAUAGUGGUGGAGAAACAGAAUUGCCCGAGAUUGAUCCCCGAGCAGAAGACCGUGAACUUAAAAACCACUUGUUGAGGAAGUAUAGUGGUUACUUAAGUAGCCUUAAGCAAGAACUUUCCAAGAAAAAAAAGAAAGGAAAAUUGCCUAAAGAUGCUAGGCAAAAACUACUUAAUUGGUGGGAAUUACAUUACAAAUGGCCAUAUCCUUCGGAAUCAGAGAAGGUGGCAUUGGCUGAAGCAACCGGUUUGGACCAGAAGCAAAUAAAUAACUGGUUCAUAAAUCAAAGGAAGAGACACUGGAAACCAUCUGAAGACAUGCAAUUUAUGGUGAUGGAUGGCCUUCAUCCGCAAAACGCAACUCUCUAUAUGGAUGGUCACUACAUGGCUGAUGGUCACUAUCGUCUAGGGCCAUGAUCACCUUAUAUAAUAUGUUAUAUAAUUCAAGUUCAAGGUAUGAGCUUCUC